UUGUAUUGAUCAUUCAUAAAAUUUGAAUUGAUUCUUUUCAGGUGGUUUCUGAGAUCAGACUUGGUUGAUUGUUGGUGUAGGGGUUGUAGCCUGAUUCUUGUGAAGUGUUGUUCAGUUCACCUGAAGAGUUGAGCCGGACUGGCUACAGUGUUCCUGACCGCUGCACACCAAGUGCUGCAAUGAGCUAUCAAAUGUCGCAGCAAGCUCGGCCAAUGUCGCAGAGUGGCAGUUACCAGCAUCCUGGUGACAUGCCUUUGGCCAAUCCUAAGGAUCAAGUUGCCAUGUGGCAACAGUCACCAUACAUGGCAGACUCUGGCAUCCACUCAGCCACUACAACACAAGCCCCCUCACUGAGUGGCAAGGAGGAGGACAUGGACACAAGUGGUGUGCCCACUCCAGGCACUCAGGAUUGGCUGGAUGGGCAGCAGGGCAAUGGCUUUGCCCAAGCUGGCUUCACCUCUGAUCAGGUGGACGAGAUGAACCAGCAGCUGACGCAGACACGCUCUCAGCGAGUGAGGGCUGCCAUGUUCCCUGAGACUCUGGACGAAGGGCUUGAGAUUCCCUCCACCCAGUACGACCCUGCACAGCCCACGGCCGUGCAGCGCCUUGCUGAGCCUUCCCAAAUGCUCAAGCAUGCUGUGGUCAACCUCAUCAACUACCAGGAUGACGCUGACCUCGCAACGCGUGCCGUGCCAGAGCUCAUCAAGCUCCUGAAUGACGAGGAUCAGGUGGUCGUGUCGCAGGCGGCCAUGAUGGUUCACAGGCUCAGCAAGAAGGAGGCUUCUCGCCACGCCAUUAUGAACUCGCAGCAGAUGGUGGCAGCUCUUGUACGCGCUCUUAACAACUCCUCAGACCUCGAGACAACUCGCGUCACUGUUGGAGCUUUGCACAACCUCUCCCACCACAGGCAGGGGCUGCUGGCCAUCUUCAAGAGUGGCGGUAUCCCAGCGCUGGUCAAACUGCUCAGCUCGCCAGUCGAGAGCGUACUUUUCUACGCCAUUACGACCCUGCACAGCCUUUUGUUGCACCAGGAGGGCAGCAAAACUGCUGUAAGGAUGGCUGGAGGUCUACAAAAAAUGGUGGCACUUCUCCAGAGGAAUAACGUUAAGUUCCUUGCCAUUGUGACAGACUGCCUUCAGAUCUUAGCCUAUGGAAACCAAGAAAGCAAACUCAUCAUCCUGGCAUCUCAAGGUCCUCAAGAGCUGGUACGCAUCAUGCGUUCCUACACCUACGAGAAGCUCCUCUGGACCACUUCUAGAGUCCUUAAAGUCCUCUCAGUUUGCUCGAGCAACAAACCUGCUCUUGUGGAAGCUGGAGGAAUGCAGGCAUUGGCCAUGCACCUCAACCAUCAAAGCCACCGCCUCCUACAAAACUGUCUCUGGACCCUUCGUAACCUAUCUGAUGCUGGCACCAAAGUGGACAACCUUGACAAUCUUCUGCAAAGUCUGGUGCAGCUGCUGCGCUCAAACGACAUUAAUGUUGUAACAUGUGCUGCUGGUAUCCUCUCUAAUCUGACCUGCAACAACCAGCGCAACAAAAUCACCGUCUGCCAAGUAGGUGGCAUUGAGGCCCUCGUCUCUACUAUUUACAACGCUGGCGAACGGGAGGAGAUAACAGAGCCAGCAGUGUGUGCACUGCGUCACCUCACGGCGCGACACCCAGAAUCUGAUGUGGGUCAAAACACAGUGCGUCAGAAGAACGGCCUGCCUGUGAUCGUGAACCUACUGCACCCUCCCUCGAGGUGGCCCCUCGUCAAGGCCGUCAUUGGUCUCAUCAGGAACCUGGCUUUGUGUGCUGCUAACCACGCUCCUCUCAGGGAGGCGGGCGCCAUACCACGUCUCGUGCAGCUUCUUAUUCGCGCCUUCCAGGACACCCAGCGGCAACGCGGGUCGGUCGCGAGCGGCGGCAGCGGCAGCGCUAGCGGCGCCUAUGCUGACGGUGUGCGAAUGGAGGAGAUCGUCGAGGGCACCGUGGGCGCCCUGCACAUACUUGCCAGGGAGUCGCACAACAGGGCCAUCAUCAGGAGCCUCAACGUUAUCCCUAUCUUCGUACAGUUACUUUACAACGAAAUCGAGAACAUCGAGCGCGUGGCUGCAGGCGUGCUUUGCGAGCUCGCAGCUGACAAGGAAGGUGCUGAGCUCAUCGAACAAGACGGAGCUACAGCGCCUCUUACCGAGCUUCUUCAUUCCCGUAACGAAGGAGUCGCAACAUACGCGGCGGCGGUGCUGUUCCGAAUGUCAGAAGACAAGCCUCAAGACUACAAGAAACGUCUCAGUCUGGAGCUCACCAACUCGCUGCUGCGCGAGGACGGCGGUGUCUGGGGAGGCGAUAUAUCGCAGAUGCCGCCCGACAUGCAGGAGUUCAUGGCUCCUCCUGAGGGUGGCUAUGAUCACAUGUAUGGUCAAGGUCCUCCGAGCGUUCAUAGUACAGGUCAUCCUCCGCCGCAAAACUAUCCUGGCGGCUACGACCCUCACCUUCCUGUUGAGUCUCUACAAGGCCUUGACAUCGCAGCAGCUCAGCAACACCGCGGGGGCGGCGGCGGCAGCAACUACGGCACAUUGGAUCCUAUGGAACUCCCACCGGGGCAUCCUGCUGCCGCUCCUCCACCUCAUCCUGCUGACAUGGCUCCUCCAGGACAAGGUUAUGACCAGCAGGUUCCACCACAGCCGCCUCGGGAUAACAAUCAAAUGGCCGCUUGGUACGAUACGGAUCUUUAAAUUUCCCCUCUUUGGUUCACUGCUCUUGCUUGAGUGGCUCUCAUUCUGCUGUUGGUUGCGUCUUUCUGAGGCUUUAUUUAGUAAUUUCAAGUUCAUUUUGUGUUGUCACCGGGGGCCGUAUUGCAUGCCUGUACACUCGGUAUUUCCUCAAAAUUUUGAUCGACUGAUCAUACCAUUCCAAUUGUUAGGGUGCCGUCGUUGGCUGAUGCUACUUUGGUUACACUCCCUCGUGCAAUGAAAAUUCAAAUUUCUGCAUUACAGUGAUACAUUGUAUUAUGAUCAAUUUUGGCUAGAGUUUGAUGUCUGGUUUAGUUGCUGAAGUGAAGGAUACAAUGUACCUUGGAAUUCUAUAAAACAUUAAUCAGUGCCUCGUUUGACGAAAUUUUUGCGUUGUUUACCUUGCGACCUUCAGCACGAGGAGUCCCAGGCGAGGGCAAACCGCCAUUUUUGUGACGCAAUACCAGCGUUCAUUUUACACCAAAUAAUGCAGAGUUUAGGUCUAGUUAAGCUAUUGUUCUCAUGAACUUUUGCUGUUUCGUAAUGCGACGAUCAAAAUAAUUCAUCGAAUGUCCUCUUCAUAAUAUUCAGAGAAAAAAAGUUUAACCUUCUCUUAGAUUGUCCAAGAUUGAUUUUGUAGGAUUUAUGUUUGGUUAUUGUUCGUCGGAUGAUGUGUGUCGAGUAUAUAGUUCAGCUGCUGAGCUUGCCGUUUGGUCUUGAAGCUAUUGUAAAGGUAGGUGUUCAGUUUAGCUCUAUAAUAUAAUAAGUCUAGCAUGUAAGUGCACUCGCAAAGGAGUUAGGCUGCGAUGAUGUCUUUGUCGCUAAUUGAUGUUAGGGAUGUAAGUGGCACAACACUUCUCUGGUCACGUGGUGCAGGGGGCGGCCAUUACACUCAAUGUACUCCAUCACAUUCCCUGAAUUGAUCAUGACAGCUUCACAGACUGAGGUGUUUUCACCAAAACUCUGAUUCUUUUGCCACCUUCAGCCAAGUUUAAUGACUGAAGUGAUGCAAUCAUUCAUUGUUACAUUAUCUUCACGUUUUGAACUGAUUUAUUUGCCUAAUAUACAAUUAUUCAAUAAUUUGUUUUACCACGGUUACGUACGCUCCAAAAGUUUUCUUCCGAAAUAUUUUAAACAUUUUCUAUACCUAGAAAUAUAUUUGUUACAUAUGCGUUGACGUGGUCAUUGGAAUAAAGUUGAAUUUUGUACCAGAUAAUUGUUUUCAAGGUUACCACUAAAUUAAGCUUGUUGAUGCCAAGAAUAAAGCAGUGGCCGCUCCCUUCGCCGCCGCCGCCAGUGUUAGUCUAUCAGGGUACAGGCUGCGCUCUCCUCCGCCUCUGCUGUGGAGAUUAGCGACUGCCUCAUAAAAUUAUCAAUCACCUUUUAUUUAAGUCUUUAUCGAUACCAUUAAGGCUUGUGCGUAAGUAGACAUGAUGGAGCUUUUUUGCGUGAAACUUUAUCAUAAUCAUUCUAUCAUCUCAGUUUAUACGAUCCUAUUUUGCGAUCAUUGUCUGUGGAAGUGCACUCGAUAUUUUGUACAGCAUGUAAACAGGAUUUCCUUUCAUUGCCAUUCAUUGAUCCUUUACUUCUUUGUACCCCCUCCGUACAGUCUGCUGUCUAGUACUGAAGUAGGUGCUUCAUUAUUUAACAUUAAUUCGUCAUUUCUGGGAUAUCAUGUAACCUUUUUUUUCGCUCGUUCGGGAUAUUGCAUGCGACUGUAGUCAAAAAAUCUGUGGUAUUGGUUUCAAUGGCUUAAUAUUACCACGGGUCAUUGAUGAUAAUCUAGGUUCAAUUUCCUGUAACAAGAGACGAAAAACUUCAUGUUGGUCUUUUAACCAAUCACCCAUUGAUUAUAACAUCAAUGAUCCCGAUUAGCAAAUCUCAGAGCUGAGCUCUUGUCGCGUUCUAGUCAUGCAGUAAUCCGUGCAGAACUUGAUUUGUCACGACAUGCAAGGGCCAACACGGCCUUCCUCUGCACUCUCUUGCUCCUAAAUCCACAGUAAUUAGUAUCAAUCAUUUGGAUUAGUGCGUGUAUUGGGCUACUUUUUAAUCAUUUAGUUUGGGGCAACUGCCACGAGUGUUACGUAUCUCUCGUGCGCUACGACGAAAUUACCGCAUGUCUUCCUUCAUCGGUGCUUCAUUUCGUAUCAUUUGACCAGCUCUUGUUUCCUCUUAUCUUCGUCCAUCUCGCUUAAUUGUACCCAAGCACUAUUCAUUGUAGCGAUCUACUUUUCAUGAAUUGUAUUUCACCAAGAUUCUGUAUUAAAACCUUUCUAAUAGUACGGGGGCUUCUCUUAUUAUUCCUGUCGUGUUCGCUUAUGCCUCGUAAUCUCUAGACUUGACGAGCAAGCGUUAUUUUUCAUUGUGCAGUUAAGCUGAUGAAAUUAAAUUCACUUGUGCAUGAAUGGUGCUGGAUUUAGUACAUGUGGAGGGUUGUAGAGCAAUGUAGAGUGAUGUUUUUUGCUAGUAUAACAAUUGAACGUAGGUUCGUUGGGUGUUGCAGACGGAUAAGUCUUAUGAAGGUUGUAGUGUGGGGGCAAGUAAGAAAAAUUGUGAAGAAGCAACAGCUGAAUAAGUACCUUACAUCAACUUCGUUGUACUUUUGGGCGUUAUGCAAGUCAAUAUAAGAGUGGGAACGAUAUUGCUGCCACGGAUAAGAAAACGUUCGUUACGUACGACAUACUCGGUGCGAUAAUUUCAUAAAUGGACAGCACAAGUCAUGUUCCAACUGAUCAUGUACACACCGUACGUCUUGACGUCUGUUAUACGUAGAACGCGUGCUACUUCUCUACCUCACCUACUCAAGUCGAUCCGACACAUCUGUUUUCGUUUUAUGAAAUGCAACCUCUCUCACCCGACUAAAUUCAUUUAAAUCAUAAUCUAUUUCUUCGUCAUUGCCCCUCACUAUUUCUUCAUUUUAAGACUUCAUUAUUAUUAUAAAUUAUUUUCCAGGGACCUCACAUUCUUUCCUUAUUAUGAAACCCUCAUUUUUUCUUUUUCCUGAUCCUGUUCCCUCGUCCUACAAUUCAUGCACCUUAUCUUGAACUCGUUUGGUUCCUUUACCUAAACCCUCGUUCUUUCAUUAUUCUAAACCCAGUUUAUAUCCUUAUCCUAAAUCCAUUACAUGUCCUAAUCCUAAACCUCGUCAGUUUAUAUCCUCAUCCUAAAUCCUCGUUCUUUCCUUGUCCUAAACCCUCGUUCUAUCCUUGUUCUAAACCCAAUUUGAAUCCUCAUCCUAAACCCAAUUUGAAUCCUCAUCCUAAACCCAAUUUGAAUCCUCAUCCUAAACCCAAUUUAAAUCCUCAUCCUAACCCCAAUUUAAAUCCUCAUCCUAAACCCAAUUUAAAUCCUCAUCCUAGACCCAAUUUAAAUCCUCAUCCUAAACCCAAUUUAUAUCCUUAUCCUAACCAUCCUCGUUUCACCCUAAAACAUUUAUUUUCCUCUGUUCUGUUUAUUUUCGUCUUAUCGCGAAUUUUCGUCCUUCUUGCGCCAUAACUUUACCCGAUACAUAUGUAGUGAUCUUUCUCCUUUUCAAAUUUCUAUUCCCUCUUCUACGUCGCCUUUCAAUGUUCUGUGCUGACAAACUUUACAAUCUGCGAUCGACUCUAACACGCGGUCCAAUACAUAAAUGUGUUAUGUACAUGAAGAAACCGCUGGGUGAGUCCCUCUUUCUUUUUUCAAAGAUUCUUAUUCUCUUGAGAAUGAGUCGUUGGGGAUGUUCGUGACGAUUUCCUACCUAAACCUUGCGCUCCAGGAUUCAGACUGCAAGGAUAGACUAUGUGGAUAGGAAGUGUUGGCUAGUGAUCGGUCAUAAUUGUGGUGGUGCUGAAUGGUGGGAAAGAUGAUGUCAUGCAGCGUUAAAACUAUUAACUUGGCAAUGAACAUUAGUAUCAUCCAUAUUCCUGUAUUGCACUGAGACAAUUUUCCAACUAGCUAUUGAUCAUCGCAAUAAACCUGUCGCUAAGAAUGACGGAGGGUCAGCAUCACUGGACCCGUUUCUGGAUAGCCUUCACUUUUCCACCUUUAGUAAAGUUAUUUCCGACUCUUGGUUUCCUAAGUUAAGUGCAAGCCCGUCCAGAAGCGGCGUCCAUGGCAGAGGUGAUGACGGCCAUCUUGAAUUCUUAAGUCUUUGCAAUGCAAGUCAGGUAAUUUUGGUUAAUAUUUGUCACAUCCGCACCAGAGUACCAAAAGACAACCUUUAUGCAUUACUCGAUUACUCAAUACGAUUCAUACGAGAAGAUAUCUCGACUUAGUGAGCUAACAAAAUCUUCCUUCCGAAGAAAAUAAUCUAGGCUGCCGCCUGUUUUCGAUUUUACAGUGGGCUGAGUGACGUUUCUCGGUAGUUAGUUUAAGAAUGUGUAUGCUGAUAAAUUUCUUCAUUAAAAGAUUUUAAUUUCCUCAU